GUCUUCGCAAGGAUGUGCAUCAGCUUUCAUUUUCGUUGAAGAUUGCGGCACUACAAUGAUCCGAAGAAUGGGCGGCACAACGGUGGCAGCCGUACUUCUGGUCCCUGGCCAUGCUGGCCUAUGGUUAUCCCACUGAUGUUACGACAAACACGUCUCUUGGUCUAGUUAUGGGUAAACGGCUCGAGCGACUCGGUCUCGCAGUCGAGGAGUACCUCGGUAUCCCUUUCGCGAAACCGCCGACAGGAGGAUUGCGUUUCAUGGCGCCAGAACCGGCUGAACCUUGGAAUGGCACACUGGAUGCCAGGAGCAGAAGAACCGCAUGUCCCCAGGUGUUCACCAUGCCUCUCGCCUUCGGUGGCAUCGAACACACAGAAGACUGUCUGCACCUGAAUGUUUGGACUCUCCAGAACCGAACGGAAGAGGCCGUCCCCGUUCUAGCUUGGAUCCACGGCGGCGGUUUCAUGGAGGGAUCGUCCGCACAGAGAUAUUACAACGGUGCCGUGCUGGCCGCCAAGACUGGUCUGGUAAUCGUGAGCUUCAACUAUCGGCUCGGCAUUCUCGGCUUUCUGGACGCCAACACGACGCAGGCGCCGGGCAACAUGGGUCUCAUGGACCAGAACGUGGCCCUGAAGUGGAUCCGCGACAACAUCGGGCGAUUCGGGGGUGACCCCGCCAAAGUGACCAUUUUCGGCGAGAGUUCGGGCGGUAUGAGCGCCCACGCGCACGUGAUAUCCCCAAAGAGCCGUGGUUUAUUCCAAAGAGCGUGCCUGAUGAGCGGUACUCUGCAGGGUCAAGGUUUCUAUCAGACAGUCAACGAGAGCAUGAUCAAAGGAAACACUAUCGCUGUAAAACUCGGCUGCACAGACAACCAAACGAACAUUUUUACAGAUCCGGAUACAGUAGUAGCGUGUUUGCGCUCCAAAAAUUCAUUCGAACUCGCUCGGUUAGCGAGCACGAUAUUCAAGGCCCAAGCUAUUCCCUUUCCUGCCAACUUUUCCCAACGUGUUCUUCCCCGUCGAGCCCCGCCGAGCCGUCAGACAAGGAUUGUUCUGUCAUGUUUCCUAUUAGCAACGAAAUCAUCCCGCGCGAAUUUCAUAGCUGGUGUCACAGGAACCCUAUUUGAAAGAUCCAUACGUGAACGCGUGUUCGCGUGGCUGAAGGCAGAUUUCGCCAGGCCGUUGGAUGCGUACUUACCCGAGAAGAAAGACAGGCGCUCCCUGAGACGCGGCUACCUUGACUAUCUAACGGACUCCCUGUUCGUUUGUCCCAUGCACCUCACCGCGGAGGAAAUGUCCGGCAAGGAACACUCCGUGUACACCUAUGUCUUCGGCCACCGGUCCAAGAAGAGUACACUCCCUGCCUGGAUGGGGACUCCUCACGGAUGGGAUAUCGGCUACACAUUCGGGAUGCCUCUUGUGGACCGAGUGCGCUUCACUCCGCAAGAUGUCAAUGUGUCGGAAGUGGUUAUCACGGCCCUCUCGACGUUUGCUUCAACAGGGGGUGCCGCAGCUUCCAGGGCCACAGCCAUGGCCUAAGUACACCGCCGACAACCCAGUAUCAGUCUAUAUUGCUGGGGACAACAUAACAGAAAUCCACUCAUACCACAUGGAAAAAUGCAACAUAUGGAAAUCAUACUGGAAUAUGUAAAUGGUGAUACUGUAAUAAAAGACGUCGCUUGAAAGACUU